AAACGUCAAACUGACAUAAGCGAAACAUCAAACAAAGGGAAGUGAAACCAAAACAAAAUCUCCAAUAGCAAAAAUUCAAUCUCUGCUGAAGUCUAGUGUUCAUCGACCAUACGGUGGUUGGUUUGUCCGUUUUGCAUUAUCGAAAGGCUGCUAGCGAUUCAUGAGUUUAUUUUUAAGUAGUGAAAAUCCUGCUAGUGUCGCCCGUUGAAUACGUCCGUCGGUUCACACACGCACGGGCAGGAACGAUGCAAAACUAUGAACACACCAUCGAGGAGUUGACGCAACUGGCGCAGGAAAAAAUCGAGCUUGGCGAAAAGCUGCUCAAAAGCCUUUCGCAGCGAAACACGAUCGAGGGAGUGAAAAAGAUUCAGAAGAAAAUCAGCCAAGAGCUAAAGUUCCUGAACCGGGUGAAAGCGAAUCGGACCGUCACCAUCAACCACAUUCUUUGCAGCAAUCUCACCCAUUUCGGGUGUCUGGUGGACUGUUUGCUGGCGAGCAGUGACGUGAAACACGUCGACUAUCCGCUUCCGGUCGAGGACAGGGCCUGCCCAUUGCGGGUUGAUAUCGUGUGCGAUGGUGGUGCCACCUGGGUCAAGGUGAUUGCCCGCAAUCCAAAGUCGCUCAGCGAUGCGGUGUAUGGGCGGACGAGCUACGGCUCGAAAUCGAUACUGGAACAGGCGGAAGAGUAUGUGCAGGCUGCCUGCAACUUCCCGUACAUGUUCCGACCGCCCACGGUAGUGUUUCGCUUCCUGAGCAAGCUGGACGAAGAGUUGAUCGAGGAACUGCAGCGGAUCGGCGUGCGUGUGGUGAUACUGGCCGAUGAUUUGGGAGAAGAAACGCGGAACGAUGUAACGGCGACAGCAGGUCCUUCCACGGUGCUGUCGGAAGCCACCAAUCCAAAGGAUGAAAUACGAUUGCUUAAUGUAGACGUGACGACGCUUAUAGCGUACUGCAGUGCGAUGACUAACGGAUCUGCUCGGUGGGAAUACAAACAGCCGCUACUCUCCGAACAGGCCUGCUGGGAGCGGGAUAAACCCGUGAAACCGGUGCUGGACCGCUUGUUUGAGGGAAAACGGUUGAUCUGCUGUCAAACGGCGUACGAUUCCUUCCACGACAUCCUGUCGAUAUUGGGCGGUGAGCAGGAGAAAGUGCGCGCCAAGGAGCUGUUCAAUCGCAUUCAUGUGCUGCCAGACGUGCCUCUCGAGCAAGCCCCAAAGGAGCUGCAGUCACUGAAGCUGGGUGGAAAGAUACGCCCGCGGAGCUUGCAGGUGUUCGCCUUCGGGCUGUACCAUCGGGCUGUCACGGUCACCUCCAACGAAGGAUUUACACGCGCGGCCAAAAUGCAGGGACUCGAGGUGCCGGUUUUCCUGCACGACGCAAGGGCUCUGACGGAAGAUAAGGAACGGACGGCUAAACCACUGCCAGAGUGAGCUGAGGAUGUGGUUUGAUCAUCCAUCAAGUGGUGUUGACCGCAAUCGAAGAAUAAAUUAUGAAGGACAAAUGUGCAACGAUAGCAUGCCGUGUCCGCUGUUUCUCAUUCUG